CGGCACGAUGGAGAAGCGGCGCUUGCAGGAGAUGCGCCUUUGCAGCUGUGCUCUGCGCCCCACGCCGGGCCUUUUCCUCUUCCUCUUCCUCCUUUGCACAGUGCCCAGCCAAGCAGAGGAGCCCAACUGCCUGCUGCCCUGUGAUUGUCCCCCGGAGCCUCCACCAUGUCCCCCAGGGGUGCCCUCCAUCUUGGAUGGAUGCUCCUGCUGCUUGACCUGUGCCCAGCAAAGGGGCCAAAGCUGCUCAGAGAAGAUGCCCUGCGAUCAAAGCGCCGGCCUCUACUGUGACCGAGGGGCUGGCACCCAGGCUGGCAUGGGCAUUUGCAUGGAUCUCGAAGGAGACAACUGUGUGUUCGAUGGAAUUAUUUACCGGAGUGGAGAGACAUUCCAGCCGAACUGUAAAUAUCACUGUACGUGCAGAGAUGGACAGAUCGGCUGCGUGCCCCGAUGCAACCUUGACCUCCUGCUUCCGGGUCCAGAGUGUCCCUUCCCACGAAAAAUUGAAGUCCCCAAGGAAUGCUGCGAGCAAUGGUCUUGUGACUCCAAAGAGGAUGUUGAUGUGGGAGGCUUUGCAAUGGCAGCAUAUAGACAAGAAGCUACUCUUGGAAUUGAUGGUUCAGAUUCAAGUUCCAAUUGCAUUGAGCAGACAACAGAAUGGAGCGCAUGUUCCACAACUUGUGGGAUGGGGAUCUCCACCCGAGUCACUAACAAGAACCCAACCUGUGAGAUGGUGAAAGAGACUAGGCUCUGUGCAGUUCGGCCUUGUGAAAAGAGCCAGUUACUCCAAAAGAAGGGAAAGAGAUGUGUCCGGACCAAGAAGUCUUUAAUGGCCAUCCACUUGGAGUAUAAUAACUGUACCAGUGUCCAGAUGUACAAACCCCGCUAUUGUGGUAUCUGCAAUGAUGGACGUUGUUGCACCCCACACACUACUAAAACCAUCCAGGUUGAGUUCCGUUGCCCUGAAGGGAAUCUUAUCAAACACCCUGUGAUGUCCAUCUCUACCUGCAUUUGUCACGGCAACUGUCCGCAGGAUAGCAACACAUUCUUCCGAAAGCUUGGUUGAAAAAUAACAGUCAGGGAUAUAAAAUGAACUACUUCAAAAGGGAAACCAUUAAAAAUUACAUCUGUAAUAGAAAUACCCAACUGGGUAAUGGGUGUUUGUUUCCUUGUCUGAAAGUGUCAGGUUGAGGAAAUAUUGUACUUAAAGAUAGUCUCAUUUUCACUUAGUUCAUUUGGAGUUUUUCAAAAUCAUUGCUUCAAUUUCUGUCAGCCCAUCCAAAUAUUGUAUUCCAACAUGACUUUCUUUAGUUAAGGCUUCUUAGAAACUACAAGCACUAAAGUCAUUGUUUCUUAGCUUUGUGUGCUAUUUCCAAAUUUUUGGUGAAGUGUAAACUCUAUGCACAAAUGUUUGUAUUCUGAAAAGGCCUUAUCAUUGUGCCCUUAUGUGUCUGUAGAGUGGAGGGUUGAAACAAAUCCAAAUUUGACAGGAGAGUUUUUCUGAGAUGGAAGCCAAAGGCAUUUUCCAAGAAGCACCAAUAUGGGUGCAUUUUUCCCAGCGUAUGAUUAUGACUGUAAGAAACAAAAGCUUUCAUUUUUAUGGCUCAAUUUCCAGCUCAAAUUUCCCUUUGUUCUCCCCACUUCCACCCAAGAAUCUGAUACUAGGUUUUUACAACCGGUCGACUACCACUUUUCUAACCCUCUUCUGUUGAUCCCAGAAGUGUCUCCAAGAGGGCACCAUUGCCCUUAAAAAGCUGGAGAAGACUGCAAGUCUUAAAAGAUGGCUGAAAAGUACAUUUAUUCAAGUCUCUUAAGUACUGAACCAUCUGGUAGACUCUUCCAUGGCCAGGAGGGGAUAAAAGGAGUAAACAAGUUUUGAGGUUGUUCCAAUUUGCUUUGACAAAAGUCAGUUACAGAAAAUAGGAGUUGCAAUGGUAACUAUGUGCUGCAAUAGUUGGCCCACUGAACUAGACUUGCAUGUAGCUAAAGACAGCGGUGUCAUAUUCAUGUGAAUUUAGUUCUUAAGAUGUUCAUAGUACCUGAACUAUGAGUAUUGCAGAUCCCAGGACAACAUAUUUCAACUGGGGUUAGGUUGCCAAUUUUUCUUCAAUCAGAGUUAGUAUUCUGAAAGUAUUCUGCGCAAAAGCUUAGAGUUGGACUUUCUUUUUGUGGUGAGAAAGCAAACACUGUAAAUCUCUAAAGUUAGACUUAUGUUUUAUAGAAAUGGCAAUGUAAAUAAGAAAUAUACAUAGGGCAGCCCUGUUUUUCUGUAAAAUGUUCAAAUGUUACUGAAUAAAAUAUACCUUAAAGCGUAA